AAAACGAGCUGUCAGUGGUGGAUUUUCCUGACAGCCAAAAUUUGAAUUAGUCUCUUGCUUUGCUCCCAGCACAACCGCUACGAUGUUUGAAGAGGCUAGUGAGGUGUUUGACAACAUGUUUAAAUCAUCGUUUCCCCUGACGUUCAUUGUGUUCAUUCCCGCGGUGCUGAUUUUGGUGUCGCCGCUCCCGGCCGAGGCGGCGCACGAAUUCACCGUGUACCGCAUGCAGCAGUACGACCUGCAGGGACAGCCCUACGGCACUAGGAAUGCCAUCUUGAACACAGAGGCUCGUACUGUAGAGGCAGAGGUACUAAGUCGUCGCUGUGUUAUCAUGCGGCUGGCAGACUUCUCCUACGACAAGUACCAGAAAGCUCUGCGCCAGUCAGCGGGGGCUGUGGUUAUCAUCUUGCCCAAGAACAUGUCCGCAUUGCCUCAGGACAUAGUACAGCAGUUCAUGGAACUGGAGCCAGAGAUGUUGGCCACUGAGACCAUUGUCCCUGUCUAUUUCGCCAUGGAAGAUGAUGAGCUACUGUCUAUCUACACUCAGACCCAGACCUCCUCCUCUUCCCAGGGGUCCUCCUCUGCAGCUGAAGUACUAUUGCAUACAGCCACAGCAAAUGGCUUUCAGAUGGUGACCAGUGGGGCCCAGAGCAAAGCUAUCAGUGAUUGGGCCAUCACCAGCCUAGAGGGUCGUCUGGCUGGGGUUGGAGGAGAGGACCUACCCACUAUUGUCUUGGUGGCUCACUAUGACUCAUUUGGUGUUGCUCCGUGGCUGUCCUAUGGAGCAGACUCUAAUGGUAGUGGGGUGUCCAUGUUGCUGGAGCUGGCACGUCUCUUCUCUAAACUAUACACCUAUAAGAGGACACAUGCUGGGUACAACCUGCUAUUCUUUGUCUCAGGAGGGGGGAAGUUUAACUACCAGGGCACCAAACGCUGGCUGGAGGAUAACUUGGAUCACACAGACUCCAGUCUUCUACAAGACAAUGUGGCAUUUGUAUUGUGUCUGGACACCCUGGGGAAUGGAGACGCUCUGCACCUCCAUGUGUCCAAGCCUCCCAAAGAGGGAACUCCUCAGCAUGCCCUGCUCAGGGAGCUGGAGAUGGUGGUGACCAGCCAGUACCCAGGGGUCAAGUUCUCCAUGGUCCACAAGAAAAUCAACCUGGCGGAUGACACGCUGGCCUGGGAGCACGAACGCUUUGGGAUCCGGCGCCUGCCGGCCUUCACUUUGUCUCAUCUGUCCUCCCAUCGCCUGGCGCAACGCACCAGCAUCAUGGACGUGCGGUCAGUGUCCCCCUCCUCUCGCCAUGGAGCGGGAGAGCCCCCUGCUGGGCCUCAUGUUGACCUCAAGAAGCUUAGCAGGAACACAAAGGUGGUAGCAGAGGCACUGGCCAGAGUCAUCUACAAUCUCACUGAGAAGGGUGCCCCAGCAGAUCUGCAGAUCUUCACUGAGCAAAUGCAAGUCCAGGAGGAGCAGCUGUUCUCGAUGGUAGACUGGCUGACAGCCCAGCCGCGUGCCGCCCAGCUGGUAGACAAGGACAGCAGCGUGGUAUCCACCCUGGAGUAUCACAUGGGACGCUACCUCAAGGAUGUCAAGAGGCACUACGUGAAAGCUGACAAGAGGGACCCAGAGUUUGUAUUCUAUGACCAGCUCAAACAGACCAUGAAUGCAUACAGAGUAAAGCCUGCUAUAUUUGACCUGCUGCUGGCUGUCUGUAUCGCAGCCUACUUAGGAGUGAUGUAUCUGGCUAUCCAGAACUUUGGUGUCCUCUACAGUGUUGUCCGUAGAAUCACCCAGCCCAAGACCAAGGCACACUAAGCCACUUCCACUUCCCCCUUUUCUCCGCCAGACUCCAUUUCUUUUCCUCAAGUCACCAACAAGCUCUAGCCAAUGAGAACACAAAGGCUGGAAACAACAGCUCCUGUGGUGCAUCUGUGAUGGCUUUUUGAGCCACGUGUAUCACCCUUCCCUCUCCCCGAAACAGAAUAUGAUGUCAUGUCCUUUCUUGCUGCCGACUUUAUUCGCCCAUCCAUAAACAUCUCAGCGGUCAACAUAUUCAGGACUUAUGUUUUGGUCUUCCUUUUGUCAGUAACAAAAAUUUAAUAUCAAUUUGUUUUUGAUCAAAAAUCAAAAUCUGGUCUUGUCAGCUGUUAUUGUAGCUUUGUCUGAAGUGAACUGAACUGAAGGUCUUGGAGUGCCAGAUAGGUGUCAGUGUGUGCUGAGAAUACUUCACCUUGAUUAGCCUUCAAAGCAGAGCCAAACCAUUUGGCGGAAACCUAUCCGGACCUCCACAUCCCAUUUGCACGGAUCAUUCUUCCUUCCUGUUCUUUACAAGUUCUAUCGACCUGAAAUGGGUUAAGUCAGUCAGUCUCAAUGGCAGCUAGAGUGUGAUUAAACUACAGAAUUACGCCUGGAAUCGGCAUUGGAGUGUUUUGUAUCACUAACCCCCCCCCCUUUUUUUUAAAAUUAAUUUUUAAAAAAAUUAUGUGAAAAUGAUUCCACUCCAACUCUGAGAUAGUUUACACAAUACAACCUGUCUCAAUGAAAUGUGAAAUAGUGUGUAGUUAACAUGAGUGUCAUGAUUGCCUUCAGUGAUUUUUACAAAUGAAACACGUGGCGUUGAGUGGGGGGAAACAAAUCCUUGCUGCUGUACGCAUCAAUCCCCCCUCCACCAAAUAUGAUUAUGGUUAUAGAAAUUAAGCCAGUGGAUUUCAAAUUGAUCAUUUUUGUUUUUGCGUCACGUUUUCUUGGUGUUGCAUUUGUUUUCUUUACAGUCAUCCUUUGUGACUUGAUGUCUUAUCUAUUUGACUGCUCAGUCGCAUUGGGCCUGAUUCAUCAUUCGUUUGUUCUUACACACCCAUGGGAUUUUUUUAGUCAUGAGGUUUGUCUCACAGACCAGUGUAGAACCUGGGUAACCCCUUAAUUGGAUUUUGAUAUACUCUGUUGAUUCCCGAAGGGAAAUUCUUCUCUGCAUUUAACCCAUCCUAGCUGUGUAGCUAGGAGCAGUGGGCAGCCGCCGUGCAGCACCCGGGGACCAACUCCAGUUCAUCUUGCCAUGCCUCGGUCAGGGGCACAGACAGGAGUAUCAACCCUAACAUGCAUGUCUUUUCGAUGGUGGGGGAAACCAGAGCACCUGGAAAAAACCCACCGCAGACACGGGGAGAACAUGCAAACUCCACACAGAGGACGACCUGGGAUGACCCCCCCCCGGUUGGACAACCCCAGGGUUCGAACCCAGGACCUUCUUGCUGUGAGGCGACAGCGCUAACCACUGUGCCGCCAUGCCGCCCAAUUUAGACACUACCCAAUUUAGACACCAAUUGGCUAACACUGAAGUCUCUGCAAGCAUGGGUGAUGACUUGUUGCAAGAGGUAGGCAGUAAAGGUUAGGGGGAAGGAAAUACAAAUAACCAUCAGGCUUUGCUUCGCACCGUCAGACAAUAUUCAGAGCUAAAAAAAAUCCCAUGGGUGUGUAAGAACAAAUUCGUACGUACAUAUGAACGAUUGAUGAAUGAGGCCCAAUAUUGUUUUUAAGUUUUUUCUUCUCUAAACGGUGAAUCAUCUGAAAUUGACAAUGUUGACAUCCACUUAUCUGAAAUUUGUCAUCCAGCGUAGAUCACAGGUCACAUUCUACAAAUGUAUUUAUCUGCUUUAUCAGAGUAGGUACAUGUCCUUUGUGCGAGGUAUUAAUGAUCUACUGAGCCGAUGCCAACACAUUAUAGUAGUAUGAAAAUAUCCUCCCCUUUACUCCUUUAUUCCCCAUUUCUCAAUGGACGGCUCCCAGACCAGAGCCCCCGUCCGUUCAACCUGACCUUUGGAUGGAGUUUAGAAAAAAAAAAAAAUCUCAAUCGGAUGUCAUCUUGAAUUUUUAACAGGAUUAGAUUGUCUAGCCUGUUCUUUACUUAUUAACACUGUGGAUGUUGUUUGACAGUAAACGACACCGAGAUGUUGGGUCAAAUGGGGGGAAAACGAAAUAUUCCAAGUUUGACACACCUCAUGGAAAUUUGGAAGAUACCAAUACUGGUAUUGUAUAUCAUAUCUGUAUAACGGGCUAAAAUGGAGAAUCGGUAUCGGUCAGUCUGUUACCCUAAAAACCACGAGUAACAAUGUAAAUAAAAGCAAAACCGCCUGAUUUAUUGCAUUUUGGGCACGUUGGAAGCCAGUAUUUCCUUAAUGGUGGGGGGGGGGGAUUCUGUUGCAAUUAUUCAACUCAUUGAACCCAAACUGAUGGCGUACAUCUGCACCGUUCAGCUAAAAUAACAACUCAGACCGGUACCCGGUAUCGGCCCAUACUUAAAAGAUUCGCACCUGGAAUCGGCAGUGACAGUGUUACAUUGCUGUUGAUGGUGAAAGUCAGCGUUUUGCCAAUCCUGCAAAGCAUUCAUGCUGCAAACGGGGACUCGACUAAAUGGUUGCUCCUGGUGUUCGUUAGCUGUAGCGUGUGUGUGUGUGUGUGCGUGUGUGCGUGCGUGCGUGCGUGCGUGGUUUUUUUGGCAGCAUUGGCAGCUGAUGAGUGCGUGACGCACGAAACAAGCUUGUACUGAAAUGCACAAAAGUUUUGUUUUUCCUACAUUUAUCUUAAUAUAUACAUACACAUAUAUACACACAUACACACACACAAUAUAUUUCAUGUGUUACUGCACGACUUUUGGCUCCCUGCCAUCAUUGUAACUAGGAAAAAAGGACUGGUUAAUGAAUGACCUACGCAAGGGAAAUAGUGUGUGGUACAACCCUUUUUGACUUAAUUUAUUGAAGCAGACAAUGCUUAUCUCUGCACUGAAUUGAACGCUCCUAUUUCUUCUGUCUGAAAUGUCUGAAAUUGUCCAUGACACUUGAUCCUUGCAUUGAACAUGACAUCGUUUAUGUACAAUUUAAAAUAAAUGAAUUU